GGAAGACGGAAGCCAUACUCUGCUUUUUCACUCGAGCAGCAGGUACAUGCUCAGCCAUAGGUUAAAUCAAGUACGUCAUUAGAAGUAGCAGUAAGAAUCCUUCCUUUGUUGAUCCACUGAGAAGAAAUGUCAGGGAGAAGGAGGUUGUGGAACCCAGUGUUUUAUUUCAGCUCUGUGUUCUCCGUAUGGCUAGGCAAGAGUCCAAGAAAUGAGAGGUCUGCUGUCUGUUUUCAAAAUACAAGAAAGGAGGGGGAGAAGGAAGAGAUAAAAGGAGGCAGUGCAGUGGAGUUGGGGAAGGAGAGCCUGUGUCACUUCGCUUUGUUGAAGUCUCAAAAUCUCGUUCAGUUUUGCACCUGACCAUUGCAUUUUGUGAUUUUAAGAGCGAACGCCCUUCUCCUCCACCACUACACGGACUGAGGUGUGCCUUGUUCAGCGUUGGAACUGAAGCGCUAUGGAGCAGUACACAGCCAACAGUAACAGUUCCACAGAGCAGAUCGUCGUGCAAGCUGGACAGAUUCAGCAGCAGCAGCAGGGUGGUGUCACUGCUGUCCAGCUGCAGACUGAGGCUCAGGUGGCAUCCGCCUCAGGCCAGCAAGUCCAGACCCUCCAGGUAGUCCAGGGUCAACCGUUAAUGGUGCAAGUAAGCGGAGGCCAGCUGAUCACAUCAACUGGCCAGCCGAUCAUGGUGCAGGCGGUGCCUGGGGGUCAGGGCCAGACCAUAAUGCAAGUCCCGGUUUCCGGAACGCAGGGACUGCAGCAGAUUCAGUUGGUCCAGCCAGGUCAGAUUCAGAUUCAAGGUGGGCAGGCUGUGCAGGUACAGGGGCAGCAGGGCCAGACCCAGCAGAUCAUUAUACAGCAGCCACAGACUGCAGUUACUGCUGGCCAGACACAGACGCAGCAACAAAUAGCAGUUCAAGGCCAGCAGGUAGCACAAACGGCUGAAGGCCAGACCAUAGUCUAUCAGCCAGUUAAUGCUGAUGGAACCAUUCUCCAACAAGGCAUGAUCACCAUUCCAGCGGCCAGUUUGGCUGGAGCACAAAUUGUCCAAGCGGGAGCCAACACCAAUACCACCAGUAGCGGACAAGGGACUGUUACAGUGACGCUGCCAGUUGCUGGAAAUGUCGUCAACUCAGGGGGAAUGGUUAUGAUGGUACCUGGAGCUGGAUCAGUACCAGCUAUCCAGCGAAUACCUUUGCCUGGAGCAGAGAUGCUUGAAGAAGAGCCCCUGUACGUAAAUGCCAAACAGUAUCACCGGAUCCUUAAGAGGAGGCAGGCACGUGCGAAGCUUGAAGCAGAGGGAAAAAUUCCCAAAGAAAGAAGGAAAUACUUGCAUGAAUCUCGGCAUCGUCACGCCAUGGCCAGGAAGCGAGGAGAAGGUGGACGGUUCUUCUCACCAAAGGAAAAAGACAGCCCUCAUAUGCAGGAUCCAUCUCAGGCCAACGAAGAAGCAAUGACACAGAUGAUCAGAGUCUCCUAAUCACUGCUUAAAGAAAAACGUAACUGAAUUCCUGUCCCUUCUGCAAGUCUGUCCUACCUUACCAGUGUAUCAAGCAAGUCUUUCAAUGGGACAAUCGCCAUAUCACAGCCUAUCCUUUUCUACAGAGCAAACACCACGUUUUCAGUGUGUGGUCAAGAUUUUAACUGCAGUUGACUCAACAAAUAGAAACUUAAUGACUUUCUUGGUAUACUCUUCUGAUUCAGCGCAGGGAUUUCCAAGUCUGACUGCUCAUGCCUUUUCUUCUUUACAACAUCUCUUGCAUUAAGAUUGGCCAUGGUGAGAGUGUGCCACUGACUGACCAGCAAUAACUGGCAUGCUGAAGCAGGGCCAGCAAAGACCUCGUGGAGUUACGGCCCUUCUGUACAGAGACAGAAUCCAAUUUAUAGCAACCAGCACUGAUGUGACUACACCACAGUACUUUGCUUUCCCAGUAGAGACUUGUUAUUUACAUCCACUUCUUACACCUUUGGACCUAACUGUCAACUGAACUGUUCACUGCUGUUGCAUUUGCACUUGUGAGACUGACAGAAACUGAAGGGGGUUCUCUUAAGCUCUACUCUGUAAAAUAUGUAAACAGCAAGCUCUGCUCUGGGAAAAGUUCAGCCAUCAAGUCAAAAUAAUAGAAAUAGUUCGAGGUUAUUACAGGACUUGAUUUAUUGUGUAUCUGGCCCAAGAAGCAAGGGGAGAGGUUUGUUGAUGUGAGGAUAAGGAUUUAAUUAGUAAAAGCAAUUUACUGGUGUUUUUUGGUAUGUUUAUUGCUAGCAGUUGGUGCUUUGGAAGAAGAGUGGAUGGUAGUAUAAAAGGAUUAAAACUUCCACGUGAAUAUCUUCCAAAGGACUACUUUUUUUAAUCUUUCUUCUAACCUGCCAGUCCAGUGCAUGGUUUCUCCAAAAGAAAUAAAAUCUGCAGUCUCAGUGAUAGCACUUGACCAUCUUUUUGACAGUGUUUCUUGAUGUCUGUUCUAAAUCAGUUCUAAAAAUUCUCUCCUAUGCAGAGUGAGGGUUUGUUUCAUGACAGCAGAAUCUCAGGACAACUCAGCUCAUCCUGAUGUAACUGAAGGACUGUUAAACAAAUGAAGGCAGAUAUUGAUGAACCUUUCAGGCUUUUUACAGACUAUCCUCUUAAAUAAAAAUUUAAAAAGUGGCACUUAAGGAAGGAGGAGUACUUGUGUUUUUAAAAAAAGGGAUUUUCUAACCAUAUUAUCUCCCUGUUACAUUUUUCUCAUUUACUGAAAGCUUAUGGCUAGAAGCAAAACGGUGGAGAAAUCAGCAAGUGCUAAAAGGCUGGGAGGAUACAAAAAGACACAGCUUUGACCAUUCUAUUAAGAUAAAAGAGAAAUACACUAAACCUACAAGGAUGAAAAGAUGGGAAGAAAAAUAAGAGGAAGGAAGGAACAGAAAUGUGGAGAAAUGUUAGAUGCUACACUGCCAGCAGGCAAUCUGGGAGGCAGAGUAUGCCUGCUUAGAUACUAAGGAAGACAGUGUUUUGAUCAGCCACCUGUAAAGUACGUAGUGAAAGUACAGAGAAGAAAAGCAGAUUUGGUAUUUACAGUUAGCUGGAUUUUUUUAAAUGAAGUUCAUUCUCUUCUGAACUUGUAGCUCGGUGUUCUUAUCCUUACUACAUCUGACGCAGUGAACUGAAACUGAGAAAUUCUUCUGUGCAGGGACAUCUGCAGCUACAGGAGGAGGUGGAAGCCUAGUUCCAAAUCUUUUGUUUUGAAUUUUGUCUUAAAUUAUAUUAGUAAUCCAACACUCUUCUCACAAAUUUUACAUGAGGGCUUUUUCUAACUAUUCAGAAAGCAUUGAUGGCAUCUUUGGUGCCUUUGGUUGCUUCCGCCUUAAAAUACUUGGCCAGUUGGUGCUUGUUUUCUUCAGUUGGCAACUACAAAAUCUGCACCUGGCAUUUCUUGUGAGGUCACCCAUUUCAGGUCUUUCAGUGAAGGAAUGACAACUUCUGCUUUAGUUGAAUUUGCAGCAUUAUUGUAAAUACUUUUUUAGAGCAUCUGUACAUUCUGUCAGUAGAAUAUUCAUGUGCUGAAGUAAGACAGCCUCUCCGUAACAUUUCUGCUCUUCAACUGAGAGCUGAUCUCUGUCCUGGAGAGCCCCCUCAGACAGCUGGGAGUUAGAGAAGCAGAGAUUAUUGCUCUGACAUAUUAAUUCUUUCUCUCCCUCCCUUUCUUUUUUUUUUUUCUCUUUUGUGAGUAAUUAUGUCUUUUCUUAAAGAAGUUCUAAACUUCUUCAGAACAGCUAGAACUUUUUUUCCCAGUAAGCCCUUCGUAUAUAGGUUCUCUGAUCUGUUGUUGUAGAAAGUGUAUUAAGGCCUACGGAUUUGUGUUAUUUAGGAAGUCUUACUGUUAAUGCUUUAAAUAGCGAUCUGAAAGCCUGAAUGCUACUGUCAGGUUUUUCAUUUGCUUUAGGUUAUGUGUGUUCACUUCUAAAAGUAGUGUUUGCUUGGCGAGAUUGGAGGUAUCAGUCAAUGUGAUUGACCCAUGCUACCAGAAGUCUGCUUUCUUUUCCUGGGUAAACUUGUUAAAUUGGAGACAUCACCAAGUUCAAACCUCUCUAGUAAUUAAAUGAGAAUUCUCUGUGGAUUGGCUACACUUGAGCAAAAUCUCCACUUUGGGAGUGCAUAAAGGAUGAGGAUAAAAGAACAGGCUUGGGGAGAAUGUGAAAUGUGGUUGAUUGACCAAGGAACACUGGAGCGGUGAACCUAUCAAAAAUGAAAAAAAACACUUGUACACGAGUUCAAAGAAUGAGAUGUAGAAAAUGGUCCUCGAGUAAUGCUAAGCUAAACGGCUUCAAGGCUUUGCAUGUUAAAAAGAGGGGAGGGUGGAAAAAAUGUUCAUGUGAAUGGGUGGGGGGGGUUACUGAGAUUUGCGUAACGUAAGGCAAAGUUUGUAUAUAGUUAAAAGUUUAUAAUUUUUUUUUAUAUAAUGCAUUUUUUCAAGUGUAUUUUGGUCUUUAAUAGAUGCAAUUGUAAGUACUGUGUACACUAUCCAGCUAAUAAAAAUUUAUAAAGCAAGAA